CCGCCGCCAUGCGAUUGACCGUCGAGCUCAUUCAGAACUCCCUCUCGUAUAUCAACCCGAUCAAAGAUCGCGAACUGGAUCUCCGAGGGCACAAGAUCCCCGCGAUUGAGAAUUUGGGUAUUGCAAAGGACCAAGAUGCGAUCGAUUUCACGGAUAACGACAUUUCAUCCCUCGGGAAUUUCCCGUUUUUCCCUCGUCUUCACACCCUUCUCCUCGCGCGCAACCGGGUCAAGCAUAUCCAGCCUACACUGGCUUCGUCGGUGCCGAAUUUGUCGACUGUCGUUUUGACCUCGAAUAACUUGUCGGAAUUGGCGGAUUUGGAUCCCCUUCGGAAUUUGCCGAAGUUGACGCAUUUGGUGUUGAUGGAAAAUCCGGUGACGAGGAAGGAGAACUAUCGGUACUGGGUUAUUUGGAGAAUCCCGAGUGUCCGCUUCCUCGAUUACCAGAAAGUGAAGGACGUUGAGCGCACCAAGGCCGAGGAACUGUUCGGUACUGCAAAGGAACCAUCGGCUCUUGCAUCCAAGAUCAUGGGCAUCAAGUCGCACACUUUCGACGUUCCCUCGGGAGGCCCCGCGGACCGGGCACCGGCAGACAAGGCCGUCCGGGUCCAAUUGACCGAUGCAGAGAGAAAGCGAGUCGAGAAGAUGAUCCGCGAAGCAAAGAGCUUGCAAGAGAUUACCAGGCUAGAGAAGGAAUUGAACGAGGGCCGGAUACCAGGAGGUGCGCUCGGUGCCGAAGCGGACGAGGACGCAGAGAUGCAGAUGUGAUGCAAGCGACGGUUUUUUAUCUUUCUUUUUUCUUCCGAGGCUUUCUGAAGCCCUGUAUGGCAUCUCGAUUUGAAUAUUGGUAAUUUUUUUUUUCCGGGAUCGGAGAUUUGACCACAGCACAAUACAUAAAAGCUUUCUUUUCUCGUGGUUGGGGGCUGUCGAUACGGUGUUCUAUGGAUUUGAA